AUGGUAGGUAGCAAGAUGCGCAAAGAUGUACAGAUGAGAGCAAGCUGGAGAAAGAGGGCUUCCCUGGUGGACCUGCUGGGAACAGAAUGCCUCAAAGAGUUGCUAAAAGCCAAAUUAAUUGAAUGUGGCUGGAAGGACACAGUUGAAGGCACACCAUUAAGAGAUAACGAAAAAAAAGGACUACAACACGUUACUGUGGAUGACUGGGUGGCUGAAAUCACACCCAAAGGCAGAACCCAGGUACCUGACUGUGUAAAGGAAGAGCUCCUAGGAAAAUAA